AUGGCCAGUAAUAGUAUAGGAGAAGACUUUUAUCAAUCUCUUCUGGAAUUGACGUUCAACUCUCACCCUAUCAUCCAUAGUCUGACUACUAUUGCCCAGGAGAACAUGGCUAAUGCGGACCAGAUAGUGGAAGCUAUUCUGAAACGAAUCAACUCUUCGGCUCCUGAGCAUAAGCUGUACACGUUGUAUUUGAUUGACUCGAUCUGUAAGAAUGUCGGGUCUCCGUACAAUCUGAUGUUUGGAGACUCGUUGUAUCAGCUAUUUUCCAGGUGUUACAGUCUAGUUGCUGAUCCAGUAAGACAGCGGAUGAUUCAUAUCUUCGAAACUUGGAAAGUGACCAGGACACCAUCAGGAUCACCAUUGUUCCCGCCUGACCAACUUGCUAAAAUAGAUAGAUUUUUAACUGAGGUUGCAAAGCCCAAACCUGUGAUGAUCACUCAACAGUCAUUGAUUGAACAACUCCGACAGUUGCAAGGUUUGGUAGGGCAACGCUUGCAUUCAAAUCCAAAUGAUAUUAAGGCAAAGGAAAGAUUGCAGAUAUUGGGAGAUCUGUUAAAAAUCAUCACUUCGCAGCCUAUGUCUCCUCAAGAAUUGACUUUGGUAAAUACUCAGGUUCAAGGAAUUCGAAAAGAUGAAGAGUUUAAGCUUAAAUCACCAACACCUGCUGCUGCUAUUCCAAGACCUGCAUUAUCUUCGGAUGCAAUGUCUGUGCUGGGAGGAGUACUACAGUCAGUAUCCAUGGCUCCCCAAUACCAGCAGCAGCAACCGAAAUCCCCUCCUCCAAAUAUUCUUGGAGGUAAUGUCAGCUCUAUUUUGAGCUCACUGGCAGAAUCAGGGCUAAUUAAUAACAUAAACAGUAAACACAGCAAUAACUUGGUAAGUCCUAUCAACGAUAUACUCUCAUCUAAUGAUUUAUCAGGCUCUUUGGCCAUAGAUUCGGGUUACAUAAAUAACCACAAACCUACUCAGACUGAAAUUGAUACACUGUAUCGAGAUAAACCAAAUCAAUGUUCCAGUUGUUCCAAGCGAUUUACAGAGGAUGAUGCGGGCAGACAGUUGAAGAGUCUGCAUCUGGAUUGGCACUUCCGUAUCAAUAAAAGGAUCAAGGACUAUAGUAAUAUUCAAUCAAGAGGCUACUACCUAGAUGAUUCUGCAUGGGUUAAGUUUAAGGAAAUUGAAAUCAUUGGCUACAAAGACUCUGAUGAUCAAACGGAUUCCUCUAAUAAUACCAAGAUCUCGACCACCGGUGGUCAAAGUUUGAAUACUAGACCAGCCGAAUUAGACCCAGCAGAGCUGGCUCGUCAUUACGUUGUGGUGCCUGAUGAUGUCACUGAUAUGACCACGUCGUGUGGAAUUUGUAAAGAGGAAAUGGUGGGCAAAUUCAAUGACGAUUCAGGUGAAUGGGUUUGGUCCAAUGCUACACAAUCGGGAGACAAAGUGUAUCAUUAUUCGUGUUUCAGAGAGACCCAGCAGGAGAGGAGUUUACAUAAUGUUGUUGAGAAAAGAGAAAGGUCAGACGACAGCGUCGUCAGUGCUGCCAAGAGACCAGAAACCAGCAGCAUUGGCUCUUCUAUUCUUAACAUUGACUUUAGUAAACUGCGUGGCUUGACGGAUAAUCUAGCCAACAGAUAA